AAGAAACCUGCAGAUUCUGCAAAUGUUGCAACAGAUUCAAAGGAACCAAUGGUGUUAAGUGUCAGCACUCAAGAUACAAAGAAAGAAUGGAUUCUGGAUUCAGGCUGUUCAUACCAUAGUACACCAGACAAAGAAGUCUUGUUUGAUUUCAAGGAGUUUGAUAGUGGUAGAGUUCUGAUGGCUAAUAACACUCAUUGUAACAUCAAAGGAAUGGGGAAGAUUCAGAUUCAGAAUCCAGACGGUUCUGUAGUGAUACUCAAGGAUGUGAAAUACAUACCAGAGGUGAGUAGGAAUCUUAUUUCUUAUGGAAUGUUAGAGAAAUCUGGUUGCAGGUAUAAAGGAGGUAACUUCAAGGUUCAGUUUUACAAAGGAAAGAAAAAGGUAAUAUCUGGAAAAUACCAUGGUGGUUUGUAUUAUCUUCAAGGCACUGUUUCUAAGGUAGAAGUGAAAAAGGAGAAGUCAAAGAAGGUGACAUUCAGCGAGAAUCUGAUUCAAGGACCAACUCCUUUUGGUUUUGAAAAAGAAAGUUUAUCAGCUCAAGGUGGAGACUCAUCUUCAUCAGAAAAAUCGGAAAUUUUAGAUGAAAUUGAGUCUAAGAAAGUUUCAAGGGAUUGGCAAGAAAUCAGAAGCUUUAAUGAAAAUCUGAGCAUGGAGUUUAAAGAGAAUGACGUGGGAAAGGUUUCAGAGAUAUUGGGCACAGGUAUUUUUGGAGGUAGAGCUAAAGGGGAUCUAGUUCUAUCUACGAUUCAAACAAGUCAAGGCAUAGCAGAUGUUGUAACUGAAGCAGUACCUGGACAGAAAGCUCAGGUUUGCUGCGACCUUCUCAACCUAGUUUGA